AACAGCGAGUGCUUCCUCUUCAGGACAGGAGGGAGAAGAAGUGGGGUGACUUAGGGGCUGAGCCUCAGCAACUGGGAGAGUUUAUAAGCUGGGAAAGCAGACCCCUCAGCACCACCGUUCUCCUCAUCCCUCUGCUCUCUGGCUCCAGCCUCCCAGCAGCAUGGCUUUCACCGGCAAGUUCGAGAUGGAGAGUGAGAAGAAUUAUGAUGAGUUCAUGAAGCUCCUCGGGCUCUCCAGCGAUGUAAUCGAAAAGGCCCGCAACUUCAAGAUCGUCACGGAGGUGCAGCAGGAUGGGCAGGACUUCACUUGGUCCCAGCACUACUCCGGAGGACACACCAUGACCAACAAGUUCACUGUUGGCAAGGAAAGCGACAUACAGACAAUGGGGGGCAAGAAGUUCAAGGCCACCGUGCAGAUGGAGGGUGGGAAGCUGGUGGUGAAUUUCCCCAACUAUCACCAGACCUCAGAGAUCGUGGGUGACAAGCUGGUGGAGGUCUCCACCAUCGGAGGCGUGACCUAUGAGCGCGUGAGCAAGAGACUGGCCUAGGCAUCCAGGCCCGGCCCAGGGAGCUACAAACCCGCCAAUAAAACUGAUACAAGGACAGAC